AUGGUGGGGAAGCAGGGGGUGAAAGAAGAGGCGGACCGACAAGAGAAGGGCAACGGGGCUACCCUGAGCAGGAACUCUGAAACCCCUCCUCACAGGUUCUGUAGCACCUCCCUCGGUAAUGGAAUAUCAGCGCUCACCCCAUCCAAGCUGCUUUGCCCAUCGGUGUGCCAGUGCGAGAUGGACAGUGCCUUGCUACUCGUGGACUGCUCUGAGCGCCGACUGACUGCCGUUCCCCCUUGCCUCAGCUCUCAUACCUCCAUCCUGGAUCUCAGCACAAACAACAUCAGUGAACUCCAGCCAAAAGCAUUCAAGAGCCUGCACCGCUUGGAGGAACUGCGACUGUCGGGCAACCAGCUGAGACACAUCCCUGGACUGGCCUUUGAUGGCCUCUACAAUCUAAGAGUCCUCAUGUUGCAAAACAACCAGUUAGAGCGUCUUCCCAGUGCAGCUGUGUGGGACCUGCCCAACCUGCUCUCCCUGCGCUUGGAUGCCAACCUGAUCCCCAUGGUCCCUGACAGGGCCUUCUUAGGCCUACGAUCUCUGCGGCACUUGUGGCUCGAUGACAACGCGUUGACGGAGGUUCCUGUGCACUCGCUGGCCCAUCUACCCUCACUGCAGGCCCUGACAUUGGCCAUGAACGGCAUCACCCACAUUCCUAGCGCCGCCUUUCACAACCUCUCCAGCCUGGUGGUACUCCACCUACAGAACAACAAAAUCCAAAGUCUGGAAUUGUCCUGCUUCAAAGGUCUACGCAGUUUAGAGAUCUUAGAUAUGAACCACAACGCCCUACACGAGAUCCCUGUGGCGGUCAAGACACUGGCCAAACUUCGGGAACUAGGACUUCACAAUAACAAGAUCAGGGCCAUCCCAGAAGAGGCCUUUGCAGGGAACAUGUUCUUACACACCAUCAAUAUCUAUGGCAAUCCCAUCGACUAUGUGGGGCCCUCCACCUUCCAGUACCUACCAAAGCUUCAUACACUGUCCUUGAAUGGAGCAAAAGAAAUAGAAGAAUUUCCCAAUCUCAUCGGCACCACAAGCCUGGAAAUUCUAGAGAGCUGUUGGGAAAAGAAAAAGGCUUCACGCUUCAGGACAUGCUCAUGGAAGGCAGAAAACAUGAAGCUGCACUUCAUCGGCACCCGCCAGUUACAGACUCUACGGGAAAAGAAAAUCGAUCACAUCGGGAUGAAAAAGCCAUGUGGCCGUUGUGGGCUACACCACAAACCCUGCGCAUGCCUGGCGUAUAAGGAUGUGUGCAAGGGCUGUGGGAAGAAGGGGCAUUGGAAGAAGAUGUGUCAAUCGGAAAAAGGUAGAGAAUGUAAUGAGAGACGAAACAGGCCUGAGAAGAGAGAUGGCAGGAGGAAAAAGGGUGCAAAGAAGGUUGAUGCUGUGAGGGCAAGCAAUGAUUGCUCCAAGGCAACCGAUGACAGCUCCGAAAGCUCCGAAGAUGAAUUUGCCGAAAAGUUUCAUAGCAUAGACAUACACAGCACAGAGGUUCACACCCGAGAUGAAGCCUAUACAACAAUUAAAAUCAAAUAUCCUGGCUGCAACAAGUCAAAACUCAUGAAAAUAAAAAUAGAUCCGGGUGCACAAGGGAAUGCACUCCCACUCCAUACCUUCCGACAGAUGUAUGGCAAUAUUGACCCGACAGAGGUCCUGAAACCGAUGGAAAAGGCUCCAAUCAAAGUGAGCGCUACAGAGGAUCUAGUAAAAUUAUACCCAACGCAAUUUGACACGAUUGGUAAAUUAGAAGGCCCAGCACGAAUCAUUUUGAAGGAAGACACAGAGCCACACGUUGAUCGCCCAAGAAAAUUUAACAUCAACCUUAAACCAAAAAUUAAGGAUGAGCUCUGUCGCAUGGAGAAACUAGGGGUCAUCAAGAAAGUGAGAGAACACACAGACUGGUGUUCCAGUAUGGUAUGCAGCCUCAAGAAAGACGGGUCACUCCGUUUGUGCCUGGACCCUAAGAGACUUAAUGAAGCGAUCAAGAGAUGUCCCCACAAAACCCCUACAUUAGAAGAGGUAAAUCCUGAAUUCCAUGGAGCAAAGUGGUUCAGCAAGCUCGAUGCUAAAGCUGGAUACUGGAGUGUACAACUCGAUGAACAAUCACAGGCGCUUACUACAUUCCGCACACCCCUAGGGCGUUAUUGCUUCACACGCCUACCUUUUGGCCUCAGCAUAAGCCAAGACAUAUUCCAACAGCGCAUGGACGAAAUCUUGGAAGGCCUGGAAGGGUGUGUUGGAAUUGCAGAUGACGUUUGUGUAUUUGGCAAGACAGAAGAAGAGCAUGACAAACACCUAUUGUCACUCCUUGAAAGGGCGAAGGAGACAGGGCUGGUGUUCAACUCGGACAAGUGCUUCAUAAAGCAGAGACGAAUUGCGUUCUUCGGGAAUGUUUACAGCGAAGAUGGAAUCUCACCAGACCCAGAUAAGGUAAAAGAUAUAAAAAACAUGCCUAGCCCACAGGACAAGGAAGAUCUCCAACGCUUUCUAGGACUACUGAAAUACAUGGGUUCCUUCAUACCAAACUUGAGCCAGAAAUCUGCAAGCUUGCGUGAGUUACUGAAAAAGGAAACGCCAUACGACGGGUCGGAAGAUGACCACCAAGCCUACAAUAUGCUCAAAGAUGCAAUAUCAGAGCAUUCUAGUAUGGCAUACUUUGACACCACGACUUCAGUAACACUUGAAGUUGACGCCUCGCUGAAAGGACUGGAGGACAACACCGCUGUGGAGGUGGAACCAACCGUCCACGCAAUCACCUUUGACCUCGUAAACUUCAGCCUCAUGAAACAAAACGAGUUGAAGGUCGAGACUCGACAGUGCCCCGUCUUCAAUGCACUUGCUGAGGUGGUGUACCAGGGAUGGCCUGAGAAACUCACAGAGCUACCCAGUGAUCUGCGAAUAUUCUGGCCAUAUCGAGACACAAUCGGCAUCGAUAAUGAAAUGCUGUUUGGCAGAACUAUUGCCACCCUUCUGCCAUCACGAAAAGGAGACGCGGAUGACAAUGUCAAACACAGGCUCAUGCAGAGAAAUGCGACAAUGAAGCACCAGUAUGAUGCCCAUGCCAGGAAAGAUCCACUUCCACCACUGUACCAAGGCCAAGAACGCACCCACCACCAAGUUCAACCACGUCGCAAAGUGACACACCCCAGAUCACUGAUGAUACCACGCAAGAGUGCCCAGUUACCAAAACCGAGGUGCCUCGCUGGGACUGGACUCAUUUCUCUGCCACAGAACCUCUGUGAGCAGCUUCCAGGCCUGAAAGUGCUUGAACUGUCUCAGAAUCAAAUUGAAGUCCUUCCCAGCUUUUACCAGUGUGCAUACCUUCAGGAAUUAUACCUCAAGUCCAAUCUCCUGCGGGAAAUCGGAGCCAGAACUUUCCAUCAGCUCUACUCCCUUCGGUCAUUGGACUUAAGUUACAAUCGCAUCUCAGCUAUUCACCAGGACGCCUUUGCUUCUCUCAAGUCCCUGUCCAAGCUAGAUCUGACGAACAACCUGCUGACCUCCAUGCCAGCCGGACCACUCAGAGGACUUACACACCUCAGUCUGGGAGGGAACCUGGGUCUCUCUGGGUACCUGCAGGAGGAUGAUCUCCCUGCUAUCAGGGUCAUUGAAAUGCCAUACGCAUAUCAGUGUUGCAAUUUUGGAUCCUGCAACAAUAAUUACUUUCUGGGGAGCCAAAACGACCAUGAAGAGUUGCAUGAGAGGACUGCAGCUCCUUUCUCCAAGCUUUAUGCAAACCAGAACUUAGACUUGGAGGAAUUCUUACUGGAGGCAGAAGAUAAGCUUCAAGUGGAUAUUUAUUGUACACCCAUUCCAGGGCCUUUCAGACCGUGUAGAUACUUAUUUGACAGCUGGAUUGUUCGGGUGGGAAUUUGGGCAAUCACCCUCACCUCUCUGGUGUGCAACAGCCUGCUGGUGUGGACGGCUGUCUCCCCGUCUGGCUGCCAUUCCCCAGUCAAGGUUCUCGUCGGCUCCAUUGCUGGAGCUAACUUCCUCACGGGGCUGUGCACAGGCACCUUGGCGCUGGUCGAUGCCUGGACCUUCGGGGAGUUCUCCCAACAUGGGACUUGGUGGGAGUCUGGGCCUCUCUGUCAACUUAUAGGCUUCAUCUCAGUCUUUUCCUCUGAAGCUUCUAUCCUCUUCCUCGGCCUGGCCAUUUUGUUUUGCAGCUUCACGGCUUCUCACCUUCGAGUCUAUGACAAGUUCCACUUUACCCACAUCAGGGCAGGCAUCGUUGUCUGUGUAGUCCUCUCAUUAGCCAUUGCCACUUUACCUGUCUUAAAAGUGGGGAGGUACAGUAUGUCACCUCUGUGCCUACCUACCAUGUUGCAAGAGGGUCAGUCCAGCACUCUGAGCUUUACAGCGGGGCUCAUCAUAGCAAAUGCCCUCUGCUUUAUGUUGAUCACUGUUACAAUCAUCAAGCUGCUCUGGCACAUGAGCAAAUGUUAUUCUGUCCAUCUCACCAACUUUGCCAUGAUAAAACACUUGGCCUGGCUUGUCUUCUCCAAUGUCCUCAUUUACAGCCCCAUCAUUUGCCUGACUUUUUCCUCCCUGAUCGGCCGCUUACACAUUAGCUCAGAAAUUGUAAAGUCAAUCCAACUUGUCCUAAUGCAUCUCCCAGCCAGCCUCAACCCUCUGUUAUACAUCCUGUUCAGCCCGUACCUUGUGGAUGACCUCCACCAGCUUUGGAAGACCUCCCUUUCCACACAGCCCAGAACACUGCACUUGUUUUACAUGAGGCAAUCCAUGCAGACUUUGGUGCCCAUCCCUGAUGUGGAUGUGAUUUUUGACACCUGUCAUGGCACAAAGCCAAAGUCCUCGAAUAAAAAAACAUGUCCAGUGGUUACUGUCACCCCCUGCCUUCCAUCGUCACCCCUCCCCCGUCCAUAACCAACAAUAUGCUCUAAGUAACAAUAUAUAUUUUUAGUCGCUGUUCCUUUACUACCAAUUACUCCCUAUCAUAUGUUUUAUAUCUCAUAUAUAAA